AUGGCCCCCCAACUAGACGGAUUCUUCAAGCAGGUCGACGACUCGACGGACCACUUCAUCGACCGGUUGCGUAGGGCAGUUGCUAUCCCCUCCAUUUCCGCCGACGAAGCCCGCCGACCCGAUGUAGUUCGAAUGGGCGAGUGGCUCGGCGACGAGCUCAAGGCCCUAGGUGCUCAUGUCGAGCUCCGACCCCUCGGUGAGCAACCCGGUAAGCCCGGCCUUCAGCUGCCGCCGGUGGUUCUCGCGCGCUAUGGCAACGAUAAGAACAAGAGGACGAUCCUGGUCUACGGUCACUACGACGUGCAGCCUGCCGAAAAGGCCGAUGGCUGGGCGACGGAGCCGUUUGAUCUCACCGUUGAUGAGCAGGGCAGGAUGUUCGGCCGUGGCAGCACGGAUGACAAGGGUCCUGUUCUCGGCUGGCUAAAUGCCAUUGAGGCACACCAAAAGGCCGGCGUCGACUUCCCCGUGAACCUUCUCAUGUGCUUUGAGGGUAUGGAAGAGUAUGGUUCCGAGGGCCUCGACGACCUCAUCGAAGCUGAGGGCAAGAAGUUUUUCGCCGACGCCGACGCCGUAUGUAUUUCGGAUAACUACUGGCUAGGAACCGAGAAGCCCUGCUUGACCUACGGAUUGCGUGGUUGCAACUACUACUCGAUCGAGGUCUCCGGCCCCGGUGCAGAUUUGCACAGCGGAGUUUUCGGCGGUACCGCCCAGGAGCCUAUGACCGAUCUCGUCAGGCUCAUGGGUUCUCUUGUUGACACUGACGGCAACAUUCAAAUUCCUGGAAUUAUGGAACAAGUGGCGCCUAUCACAGCGGAUGAGGAGGCUUUGUACGACAACAUUUCCUUCACGAUGGACAACAUCUACGAGUCUCUCGGUAGCAAGACGACCAUCUUUGAUGAUAAGAAGCAGACUCUCAUGCGACGAUGGCGUUUCCCUUCGCUCUCUCUUCACGGCAUUGAGGGGGCCUUCGCGGCGCCCGGAGCGAAGACCGUUAUCCCCGCCAAGGUCAUUGGCAAGUUCUCUAUUCGCUCGGUUCCCGACAUGGAGAUUGAGAAGACCAACGAGCUCGUCUGCAAGUUCGUCCAGGACGAGUUCGCCAAACUCAAGAGCAAGAACACGCUCAGCGUCUACCCUCAGCACUGCGGCAAGUGGUGGGUUGCGUCGCCUAAGCACUGGAACUUCAGCGCCGCCGCGAAGGCUGUUGAGCGGGUAUGGGGUGUGCAGCCCGAUUUUACUCGCGAGGGAGGAAGCAUUCCUGUAACCCUCACUUUCGAGCAGGCUACCGGAAAGAACGUUCUUCUUCUACCUAUGGGCAGUUCGACUGAUGGUGCUCACUCUAUUAACGAGAAGCUGGAUAAGAGGAACUACAUUGAGGGUAUUAAGCUCCUGGGUGCCUAUCUUCACUAUGUUGCGGAGGAGCCUCAGUCGUAG